AAGAAGAAGGCUAUGACUAGUUUUUUUAGCACAUCUAAUUUUAACUUACUUUAUUUAAUAUGUAAACAAAUUAACUACCAAAUAUGCUCAAACUAACGUUCAUUGGAUUGUGCUUCUGCUUUCGUCUGGCGCAAAAGGUGGUUUCCGGAGAGGAUCUUUAUCGUAAAGUGGGAGGUGAGCUCGUGUUGAAACCAGACAAGUCCACAGUGCCACACUCCAUCACAGGCAUCCUAUGGAAACAUGGGAAGAACAAGGUGGCAGAGUGGGACAAGGAUUUUGGUGGUCUGGACAUCUACGGUGCCUUCAAAAAGCGUACAACCCUGGACCAGACUACUGGAGAGCUGAGAAUCAGUGGAUUGAUGAAAACAGACAGUGGCGUUUAUUCUGUGGAGUUUAACAGCAAACAGCUUGACAAGACAUAUAAACUAUCUGUUAUCAAGGCAGUCACCAAACCCACAAUCACUUCUUCCUGUAACACCAACAAAACCUCCUGCACUCUGACCUGUGAGAGUGACACCACUGAUGCUGAACCCAUCACCUACAGCUGGAAAGUGGGAGAGGGGGCGUGGGAGGUCAUAGGAAAACAGCUGAUUGUCUCUAAGAGCGACACUGGCAAAUCAACCAACAGUUACAAGUACAUCUGCAAGCUGAAGAAUGAUGUUCGUGGGGAAGGGGAAGUCAGUGAGCCAGUUGGAGAGGUGUUUGGCUCAGGUGAGUGGACACUCAUAAGUGUGUUACAGUCUUAUGUAUUGAUAUGUCAGUAAC